AUGUCCCUUAUUUCAUGCGAUUUUCUUUAUGAUAGGCGUUAUGGGUCGUUGAAUGCACUUGUCGUGGGCACUAUUCUGGGCUAUGUUCUUCCCCUUGGGCUGACUAUGUUUGUGGUGCUUUUCUUGGUGGGCUUUUUAACUGCAUUGGGCGUCUGGCUGUUUGCUUUUAUAAAGGGAAGAAGAAUUCAUGAUAAUAUUCUCUUGGUAACUGAUGUGAUCAAGAACUUUGGGUUGAAAACUACAGGUCCUGCUAUGGCUUUAAAGGUUGAUCUUAGGAAAGCUUAUGAUUCAGUUAGUUGGGAAUUUAUUCAUAAGACUCUCCAGGUUUAUGGUUUCAGUGCUCAAUGGAUAAAAUGGAUUAUGCAGUGUGUUACUUCCUCUAAGUUUUCUAUUCUUUGUAAUGGGGUGCCUACUGGUUAUUUCUCAGCAGGGAGAGGGAUUAGACGGGGCUGCCCUCUUUCUCCUUUACUUUUUACAUUAAUUACUGAUCAUUUCUCAACCCUUAUGCAUGAAAAAAUAGUAGGAGGGCAGAUUAAGCUGUGCAAUGUGGUUCAGAAGACUGGUUUGUUGGUAUCUCAUGUUUUUUAUGCAGAUGACCUUUUUAUUAUUGUGAAGGCAGACCUUUCCACUGCUAAGACAGUUGAUGAGGUGCUUAAAUGGUUUCAUGGGAUUUCUGGGCUUGAAGUUAACAAAGACAAGAGUUCAGUUAUAUUCUCUAAGGCUGUCAGAGGAAAGAGAAGGAUUUUACAGCUUUUGCAAAUGAAGAACGAAGUUUUCCCUUUAAAAUACCUUGGUAUUACCCUCGUAAACAGAGCUCUGAAAAGUGUUGAUUGUAAGGGGCAAUUUGAUAAAGUUAAUGCCAGGUUGGACCAUUGGAAUACAAUAAAUUUAUCUCUUGCAGGAAGACUAGAGCUUAUCAGAUCAGUCUUAUAUUCGUUCUUGUAUCAUUGGGUUUUUGGAUUUAAAAUUCCAUGGGGCUGUAUUAUUGCUUUGGAGAAAAAGUUCAAACACUUUUUGUGGAGUGGGAAAUUGGAUUCAAGGAAAAUGUCUCAACUCCAAUGGAGUCAAGUCACACUUCCUUAUGCAGAAGGUGGCUUUAAUUUAUGUAGAAUUUCUGAUAUUGAUUUUGCAGCUAAGGAUUCAAGUAUUUGGAAACAAAUUCUGGAGACAAGAGACUUCAUUCAAGAAAAUGUGGUGUUCAGGAUUGGUAAUGGUGGAUCUUUUAAUAUGCUAUUUGAUCCUUGGUGUGCAGAAAUUACUGCUGAGUUUGUUGCUAAUGUACCUUUGAAGGCUGGAAAUGAUGAGAUUAGUUGGACCCAUGGUGAAUUCAGCUUGAAAAAUGCUUGGGCUGCUUGUAGAACUAGGGGACAAGUGGUCAAGUGGAAGAGUUUGUGCUGGAAAUAUUGCAGACCAAGAGUUGCUGUGACUUUUGUUAUUAUCAUGCAUAAUAAGAAUUUAUCAUUUGUUAACUUACAAAGAAGGGGGUUUCAUGGACCAUCAAUUUGCCAUAAUUGUUUUCAGGCAGAGGAUACUAAUAACCAUCUAUUCUGUACUUGUGAGUAUGCGGUGGAAGUGUGGCAACAGGUUGUUAUUUGGUUAAAUACUACUGAUAUACGGUUUCAAGAAUUAAGUGUGUUUGUGGAGUGGAUGUUGCAGCUUACACAGGUUAAGGGCUUCAAAUCCAAGUUGUUAAAAGGGCUGUUUGUUGUUUUUGUUUGGAAGAUUUGGAUGGAAAGGAAUGCAGCUUUACAUAGUGGUUCCAAGGUUUCAUCUGCUGCUGCUGCGAAUGAUAUUAUUUGGGAAGUUUUAAACUUCUUUUCUCUUGGGCUUGCUGAUAUGCUCGCUAUAUUUGAUGUUGGGUAA